AUGGAAAAACUCCUGCAGGAAGUGCGUGAAUCCCUAAACGCGCAGCAGCAAUUCUGGGCGGCGGAAGUGGCGCGCUUGGAAGCGCAAGUGGUGGAAACCGGGCGGCAGAUGGAGCAGAUGUGGACGGAAAGGCGGGCGGCGGAGAGGGAAGCGGAGCGGAUGGGGAAGGAGAUGCGGAGGCUUGAAGAGCGGGUGGAGAGUGGGGAGAGGGAGAGGCGGAUUCUCAUGGGGGAGGGAGAACUGGUGAAGGCGCAACUGCGGAAGGUGAGACUGAUGGUGGGGGAAGAAGGAGGGGUGGUGAACCGAGGGCAAGAGAGGAUCGAGGGUGAGGGGGUGGGAAGAGAGAGUGUGGAUGGUUUGGGGGGUGGAGAGGAGUGGGGAAGCGAGUUAGCAGCACAUAACGGGUUUGGUCAAAGGGUGAAGGUAGGCGGGGAGAAGAAGAGGGCGAAAAAUGAGGAGAGGAGGCGUGGGAGGGAGGAGGAUGAGGAGAAAAAGCACAGGGGGGCGGGAAAUGAGGGGGUUAGUUACAGAAAGGCAGGGAAUCAGGAGGGAAGGCUUGGGACGGAGGAUGAGGUGGAUAGGGGCAGAAGGGAGGAGAAUGAGGAGGAUAGGCACAGGAGGGCGGGGAAUGAGGAGGAUAGGCACAGGAGGGCGGGGAAUGAGGAGGAUAGGCACAGGAGGGCGGGGAAUGAGGAGGAUAGGCACAGGAGGGCGGGGAAUGAGGAGGAUAGGCACAGGAGGGCGGGGAAUGAGGAGGAUAGGCACAGGAGGGCGGGGAAUGAGGAGGAUAGGCACAGGAGGGCGGGGAAUGAGGAGGAUACUGCUGCCAGACUGAGAGCGCAUUUGGCAGCACUAGCAGCAGAGCGGGAGCAGGCAGUGAGGGAGGGCGGUGCAGCAGAAGCAGCCGUGGCAGGGCUGUCAUGCCAGCUGGCGGUCCAGCUGGCGCGCUUGGAUAGGCUGUCGAGAUCGCUGGGGGGGGUUGGGGAGUGGGGCGGCACCUCGGUGGUUGCGGCGAGAUUUGAUACGCGGGCGGCAGAGGGGACGGAGGGAGAUGUGUGGAGAGAGAGUGAGGAAGAAAUAGGAGGGCAUGUGGAGCAACAGCAGCAGCAGCAGGAGGAACGCGUUGCAGCGAAGAAGCGACAACUGGAGCAGUUGCAGGAACACAAGGCAGCAACACGAGAUCUGGAACAACCGCAGGCGACUUUCGAUUCGACCCAAUCGCCUUCAAGUAAAGCAGAACCUGAGCAGCGAUUUUGUGUUCCUAGGUCUCAAGUCCUGGAAGCAGCUGUUUCAGCAGAAGACAGAGUGACAGCACCUGGCUGGACACCUCAUCCAGAACAAUUCUGUCCUGUAGUGGCUGAAGAGGUCCCAGUUGAAAGAUCACUGGGAAAUUCACCUGUGAAAUCACCUGAAGUAACACCUGGAGGAGACGAAGCUCGGUUGGUGGGUGGCGUCAGCGUGCAUAGACUGACAGCGUGGCAUCAUGGCAGGGAGGCGUGUGAGCUCAGGGAGAUGGCUCUUAGAGGAUCAACGGCUGUGAUGCAUUCUCAGAGGAGAUGGGGCUUGAUGGACGGCUCAGAGUUGCCACGAGGAGGCACCGAUAGUGCAGGGCAUGUCGGUGCGUCAGAUGAUGCUUCAGGUGCUAAUUCAGGUGCUGCUUUAGGUGCUUCUUCAGAUGCUCGUGACGCAGGUGGAAACGCCAUAAAGCCUUCCGUUGAUGCAAGGGAAAGCACCUCCGCUGCCCCUGAUGCUACUCAUGCACCAACAACCAACCCUCAUGCUGCCAAUGCCCUGGCAGUCACUGGUACAUCUGAUUCUCCUCCUUCUCCUAAGACCUUGCCAAGCAAUGCACCGCAAUCGCUCACAGCCUCCCCAUCUCCCCACACCUCCUGCACGCCUCGUCCCUCUCCCGCUCCUCCCUCUCCCACCCCUUUCCCCUCUCCCACCCCUGCUCUUUCUUCCACCCCUCCUCUCUCUCCCACCUCCACUCCCCCUCUCUCCCCCACCUCCCUCUCCCACCACACUCCACCCUCUCAGGACUCCAACGGCUCCCCUCCUCUCUUCCACAUCUCUGCUUCUAACCCCUCUCAGACAAAUCCCUCCUUUCCAGUCUCUGCCCUCAACCCCUCUCAGGCGAACUCCUCUUUCCCAGUUUCCGCCUCCCAUCUCCCUCUGCCGCACCCCGCUCCUCUGCCGCACCCCGCUCCUCUGCCGCACCCCGCUCCUCUGCCGCACCCCGCUCCUCUGCCACAUCCCGCUCCCCUGCACCGCCUCCGGCAGGGAAAAGGGGAGGCGGACGUGGGGCAGACGAGACAUCAGCAGCAGGGGGAGCAGGAGUAG